UGUUGUUGCAACGUGUCAAACAUCAGAAGAUGAUCAACAAACAACACCGAUGUUCCACUCUCCAGCCUUCUUUCAUCGAAAUACGAAGUACUAAACGAAACAUAUGAACUGAGCAGCUCUCUUUUCUUACAACACCAGAGACCAGACACAUGCGGAAAAUGUACAGAUUUAGUUACAGAAAGUUAUGACUUUUGUUUUUGGUUUUUGAGAGUGGGGUUAGAUGGAAAGAGAGUUGGGUUUGGAUGAGUUAGGAGAUUUAGCUCUUCAUAUAAUUUUUUCUAAAUUAGAUCCAGCAGAUACUGGCAGGGUUUCAUGUGUCAGCAAAAGGCUUAGACGUUCUGCUUCUGAGGAUUCUCUUUGGGCCCAAUUUUGUUUCCAAGAUCUUCAUCUUUCAACCCCUCAAGAUCACCAAGGAAACCCUAUUCCUUCUUUCAAGGCAGCUUAUCAAUUAUGGCGGGAGGCUUUUUCUAUGUACCCAUGGCCACUUGUUAAACGAGUUAAAAGAUGUUGGGACAAGCUUAAAAAAUGGUUGAGCAAUAAUUUUCCUGAGGCUGAGGCUACACUUAGAAGGGGUGCAUCUGAAUUUGAUAUUCAACAAUUGCAGACACUUUUAAAAGUUAAACUGCCUCUUCCAACUAGGCUGCUCUAUCGUUUUCAUGAUGGUCAAGAACUGAUGGACAAAGAGCACUCAGCGACAUCACUUGGUAGUUCAUUGGGAAUUAUAGGUGGAUACUCUUUCUAUCGCCAUUUGGUUAAUGUCUACUUGUUACCCAUAAGACAGGUAAUAGUGGAAACAAGAGGGGUCAUGCAUCACCUAGGGUUUUCAAGCAGAUCUAAGUACAUCGUUGUGGCUGCUUCUUCAGCUUAUAGUGAGAAGUUGUUUUUCUUGAAGUGUACGACUGGCCAACUCUUUGUUGGUACAAGGAACCUUUCCACUGAUGGGGAAAUGAUUCAAUGUGUCCCAAAUGCACUGAUUCGUUCUGUACAUGAUUUGCAUGGUGAUAGGCAGCAAGAUGCCAUGCUGCUGUGGUUAGAGGAACAUGUUCGCCGCUUAGAAGAUGGCAUUAUCAAAGUUCGCGAAGAAGGAAAUGUCCGGAGUAUCAAUCUAUUUCCUGAGGUUCCUCCCCUUUGUUCCACUGCUGUAACAAAUGGUGUGCAGGUUCGUGCUUCUGCUGUUUUUGCUCCAGAAUGUUCUGACCUGCAAAAUGAAGCUGAGAAGUACAUCUUUGCAUAUUCAAUCCGCAUGUCCCUCUUGCCUGAAGGGUGCACCAUUAAUGGAAUGACCUUCAGCUCAUGCCAACUGAAUUGGAGGCACUGGAUCAUUCGUGCUAAUGAAGCUAUUGUAUCUAAUGUUAAUGGGGAGGCUGUGAUAGGAAAGUUCCCUCUCUUGCAUCCCGGCGAGGAUGAAUUUGUCUAUGAGAGCUGCACACCUUUACCAUCUUCUCCAGGUUCUGUUGAAGGUUCUUUCACAUUUGUCCCUGGCAGGUUGGUGGACCCGAAAGGCAGUCCAUUUGAAGUUCAGGUGGCGAGGUUCCCCCUGCAGAAGCCUGAUUAUGUUUUUUGACCAACUCCUCCAUGGUAGGUUGGCGGACCCGAAAGGCAGUCCGAACUGAAGUUCAGGUGGCAAGGUUCCCCCUGCAGCUGCCGGAUGGCAACUCUUGCAUGGUCUUCAGUCCACUUAUUUGGCCAAUGGUAUAUGUCAAUAAAUAUGAAAGGCUUAUUUGAAUCUGUGAAACCCCUUUUGCUCUUUAUACAUCAUCAGAUUGCUUAUACUGAAACAUUUGUUGCUCUGUUUGCUAAAUGGACAGCUUUUUGUUUUGUGAAUGGUUUGUGAUGGCUGCUUUUCCUCUUUUAGCAAACUAUGCUGAUAAAAAUAAUCAUGAAGCUUGUUUCAAAGUGCAAUUAGGCAAUCUGUGGUUCCAAUUUGUUAAUUUUAAACUUGUUAGACGUGUUAUUUCAAUGAUA